UUUUUAAACUUGGGUUAGUUCGUUGAUUUCGUGAAACCCUAAAAUUGUGUCCUUUAUGGCAUAAAAAACGGUGCAAAACUAAAGAUUGAAAAUUUUUAUCAACAUUUCAGUGAUUUUUGCCUUUCGAUAUGUUCUUUUUGAAACCUGGUUUUCAAAACUGGACGAAAAUCCAGGAAUGAGCCCAGUCAACAAUUUCCAGUGGCCAAACGAGCAUGUUUGAGGUGAAUUUGCGUUAAAAACUUAGCUUAAAACAAAGGCUUACCUGUCAAUUGAAGUCGAUCUAUGAUGAGGUUUCCGAGAAAGUGACCACUGAAUAAACAGUGACGUUACCCCAUCAUAUGUAUUUCUAAACCUUUUCCAAGCGGAUAACCUACAUCAAGAGACCUGUCGCUGGGAAGAAAAAGCAGUGGGAACAGAAAUUCUCGUAAACUCUUGAUCAGAAGAUAUUUUCAGAUGAUGUACCUCCUGGAAUCAGUUGAGAAUUUACGCCCUGUGCGGGAAACUGAAACAAAAGUGACAAAAUCCUAUUCAAUAAAAAAGGAGCGCAACACUGCUAGUUGCCAAGCUUUACCACCACCUUCUAUAAGAUUACGCUUAGAUGAAGCUUUAGAAAAUGCUAGACGUAACCGUCAAUCGAAUGUAUUUCCUAGUAGGAACUCAACUAUUUCGAACAUACCGUGGAGAAAGGCGAAGAAAGGGACGACCAAUGAAGAUGAUUCAGACUCAUCGGAAAUAUCACAAAUGGCUCAAAUACUGCGCCCUAACACAGUAAAAGCUAAUCCAAUUCAGCGACCUAGUAUCCUACUAAGAGGUGAAGAAAGUUUAGAAAAUCGAAUACGUGGAUUGGGUAGUUUGUGUUUGAAAGAAAUUAGCAAAGAAGAGUCAUUUAUUGAAUGUCAAAAAGAUGUGCAUAUACGUUGUCCACGAGGAGAGGCCUUGAAUAGCUUACAGAAGGGGAAAAAAGGUGUUGGUGUUAGCAUCUUACUUAAUUCAAAGGAGGAUCAGACACCUAUUGAUGAACCACACAACCCACUUCGGUCUGUUCCAUCAAACGAAGCCUAUGCAAAUUGGCAACGUGAUAGAAUUAAAGAAGCCAGCUCUAUGGAACAAAUUUUAAAUCAAGGAUGGUCAUGCAAAAGUGGUCUUAUGAGUAAGCCAGCAGAAAUUCAAACUUCUCAUAAAUCCCAGCCUUAUUUUGAUGAUGAAACUGAUAGAAUAGAUCAUUCAGGCACACAAAUGGCAGUAAUUUUUGGGGUAAAGUCCGCAUCGAAUUCUUUACCGCAGUCGGACACUGGCAUGAAAAUUGCUCCUCGAAGUAUUCCUCAGUCUGCAGCACCAAAUGCUGCUCGUGAAGGAGCAGGCAUGGCUGAACGAUUUGGUUUAACUCAACGUGGACAAGAGGAUACAGAGGAAACUUUGGAGACAAAGUCCAAAGCUACCUUAUCUCUAGAUAUGUGGCAGUAUGGAACCGGACCACGCGCUAAACAUGAACAUUGUGCCGAUACUGGUGUGGAUGAAACUACUAAUAAGCAGUUUGAACUGAUUUUAUGUUCUUCAUAUGGAACUGCUCAAACAGCAUGGUAUGUCAAUAAAAUAAACCACUAUAUAUUUUAUUGUCUUUCAAAUGCCCUACUUUUCGGGGUGAGGUGA